AUGCCGCGACCCACUUCAGCAGAGCUCCUCACCUUCCAGCUCGAACACGCCGCAGCCGACAAAGCUGGCCGCACCUCGCCGCUCCCCAUGUCGGCACCGCCCUCGUCCUCGUUCGUCCCGACGCCCAAGUUCGCCUCGGCCGACUCGUCCAACCCGUCGACGCCCGCCACGCCCUGGCUCGACGACUUUGCCGGCGAGUGGCGGCCCGAGCACCGUCGUGAGGGGCACACGGUCGGGAGCGGCGAGGUGCGGGGCAAGCUGCAGAGCCGCGGCGGCACCAAGACGGCGCAGGACGAGGACGAUGCCGACGACACCGACGACCUCGAGGACGAGCUCAACGACUUUGGCUUCGGCGCUCCCAGACGUCGCAAGGAGAAGAAUGAAUCGCUGCUCGACAUCCUCAACUCGGACCCGCCCGGCUGGAUGCAGCAGGCCCCCGAGCCGACACCCAUCGAGCCCGAGCCGCUCGCGCAGCCGAAGCGCAGCGCGACCCUGUCCAAGUUCCGCGCUCGCUUCGGGUCGACCGGUCCAGCGCCCGCCGUCCCCGUCAACGACUCGCUCGUCGGCCUCUCGACCCUGCGCACCAGUCGCUCCGCCAGUAACCUCCUCACGUCCCUGCGCGGCCGCCUCGGUAGCGGCGUCAACCGCUCCCGCGACGACUUCCACGACCCGUCGAGCCUGCCGGCCAGUGCGUCGCAGUCGAGCCUGCCGUACGUGACCGAGAACGGCGUGUCGGCCAACCUCGCGCGUCCCGAUCACCAACCUGUUCGGCCGCAGCCGGCGAGAAAGCUCGCCGCCAAGGAGGCGGCGGCGUCGUCGAGCGCGUCGACCCGGGACCUCGCCGACUUCCUGCGCUCGAGCGGGCCUCCUCCAGCGCCGUACGCCGAGUUCGGCAGCCUUCCGCAUCAACCAUCGUCCCUGUCGCUCGGCGCCAAGCCUCGCUCGACCCUCCACAAGCAGCGCCCGUCGUUCUCGAAGAGGUCGGCGGACACGGCCGCCUCGUCCGACGCGGGCAGCCUCGACACGAGCGGCGGCGGCACGGCCAUCCUCAAGGCGGCCAUGGUCAAGCUCGGCUCGGGCGGGCGCCGCGCGAGCGUCACGCCGCUCGCCAAGAUGGGCGCGCCGCCGGGCGACGGCGACGCUCGGGCGCACCGCUCGGGCUCGAGCUCGAGCGACGGCACGGGCAGCGGGACGAUCCGCGUCGACGACGAGCUCGUCAUCGGCAUGUUCGGCACCCGCGAGCCGCACGAGGCGAUGGCCGCCGCGCCGGCCUCGGCAGAAGCGCACCGUGGUCGGGCGAGCGCAGACGCUGCGAGCGUCAUGGGCAUCGCCGAGUUCGUCUCGACGGACGAGGAGCGGCGAGACGAGCAGGAGCGUGCGAGGCUGCCGGUCGAGACGAGGGCGGGCGACCUGGCGGAGCGAGCGGCGGCCGGGCUGCGCAGGGGCCCGUCGCAGAGGUCGAGCUUGUCCGUCGGGCACUUCUCGCCGCCUCGCUCGUCGACGCCGCAGCGCAUCGCCCGCAAGCCGGUCCCGGCGUCGAUCCCGCCCAUCGAGGAGCUUCUCUCUGCGCCCUCGCCGCCGCGUCCCUCGUCGUCCGUCAAGCCGUCCUCUACGGGCUCGAGCACGACGAGCCGAACGCGCCACGACUCGGCGCCGCUCGCGCUCGACGACGACCCGCAGCCCGGCGACGCGCACCUCGAGCACCCCUACUCGUUCCAGACGCUCGCUCCCAUCUCGCCCAUCUCGCCCCUCACCCCCUCGACCGUCUACGCCACUCCUCCUGUCACCCCGACGCCCAAUGCCCUCGACGACCCGUCCCUCGCGCACGGCCGCACCCGCACCCAAACCCGUACCCGCACGUCCGACUCGGCCCUGUCGCUCUCGGCGGCGCAGUCAGAGCGUGCGUCAGUCAUCGCCGCAGCCACGGCGUGCCCGCCGUCGCCGGCACCGCAGACGCCUCUGCCGGCGACGCCGGGCGAGCGCAGCCGCGAGCCGUCGAGGGCGUCGUCGUCGCCGUCGCUCUCGGUCGUCGACGGCCGGCGCGAGCAUCGUCCACCGGCCAUCACGGUCGGCUCGGUGCCCCCCAAGUCGCCCGACUCGCUCCUCGGCCUGCCGCUUUCGGCCGACGUCGUCGUACACGGGCUCGCCGACGGGCGCACGGACCGCGACGGCGCCGGCGCGCUCUUGUCGGCUCUCGCCGAGCUUCGUGCGUGUCUUCGAGCAACGAGCACGAUGCCGGGCACACUCGGCGACGUCGAGCACGCUCGUGACGGCGACGAGCUCGCACGGGCCGUCGUCCCCGUCCUGCGCGACAUGGGCGAGCAGAUGCGGCGCGGCGCCCAGCUGGUGGAGGCGGUUCUCGCCCAGCUUGAGGGCGUUCAGCGGGCAGUCAGGACGGGCGAGGAGGGCGAUGGCGAGCUGGCGAAGGCGGCUGAGGCGGUCUUGGUCGGCAUCGAGGGCCCGGCGUAG